AUGAAUGAUCAUGGAAGGAAAUCGACUUGGACCACGCAAUUGUCGCCGUACCUGAAAGGCCUCAAGAUCAAGAACCUCAUGACGUCUCCUAAAUCACCAAAGUCACCCAAGUCCCCAAAGUCGCCAAGAACGCUACCGCCGAAGCUUCUCGACGAGGACUCGUCAUUUCGAAUUAUACACACGCCUGACAGGCCGGAGCGACCGAUAUCAAGACGGGCCAUUCCGAAUGACGAACAGUGCAUGGAAUUCCUGAUGUCUCUGCAGAGACAAGAGGAACACAAGAGGGGAGGCGUCAAGACGGGCCUCAAGAUGUGGCCGUACCCGGACGAGCAGGAGGCCGAGGACCGCAGGUACCUGCGGAGCGUAAGGGUCGAAAGUGUGCACUUGGAGGAAGCUCGUCUUGCGAGGACAAAUUCCUCCGGCCCGGCCAAGGUUGUGGAAGUGGGCAGAAGCUCAACCAAGUCGACGAUGGCAUCACGACGAUCAUACCACAUCAGCACACCCAGUGUAAGCGACGCAGGGGGCGUCGAAGAAAAGCCCCGAUGCGGUCUUACAAUGGCCGUCGGUGUUGCCCCCCUCUCUCCACCACCGACUCUGUCCCGCAGUCAAUCACGGCUAAGCUUUCACACGCCCAAGGCAAAUACAUCUCGCUGGUCCGAUGACAGCAUCGAGUCUCUCUUCUCGUCGUCAAGGGACAUCGACUCGCCGUGCCCUCAACGAGUUACUGUCCGCUCAUCUUCCGAAGCGCUGUCACCCACUGUAGUCGGGGACGAGUCUGUCGGUUCAUACUCGCCUCCCCUUCUGACGCCAGUGAAAGACCGGCCUGCUACACCGUUCACGGACCCUCGUCUGCGGGCGACGUCCGAACCGAUGACGCCUCCGCCGUCAGACCACAUUGUUCACCAGAUGAACAUAAGCCCUGAGCCGGUGCCGCGGAAGUACUCAUGGCGCUCUUCCAAAGAUACAAUCCUCAAUACAGGGGCCCCGAUAUCGAGAUUCCAGUCGUGGCUACCAGAGGAGCGGCCGGAAGAGGAUGUCGAAGGGGGACAGCAGCAACAACAACAACAGCAGCAGCAGCAGCAGCAGCAGCAGCAGUCUGAGCCGGAGGUCUACGGCGAGUGGGCGGACUACUACUUUGAGGACGGCAAUUUCUGGGACGACUAUUCGGAUGGCGAUGAGGAAGGGGACGAGACUAAAGUAGAGGAAGAGGAGGAUAUCGACGUCGUCGAGAAGGAGGAGCAAGAAGUUGGCGACGAAGAAGACGAAAAGGAGGAAGAGAACGAAGGCCAAAAAGAACGUCUUCGGGUCGACGACGAGGAGGUUUAUCCACGUUACGAGAGUUUCAUCAAGGAUUACAAGAACAACGUCAUGAAUAUCACGGUUACGGAGGUGUGA